CCGGGGGCGGGAGGCUGGACCCGGAGGGCUCUAAAUUGGCCGGAGGAACCCGACCGCGGCGAAGUUGCUAGCUGGGGGCAGAGAAGGCCACGCGGUUGCCGGAAUUGGCCAACGGCUCGUUUCAACCCUGCCUCGUUGGUGGCCACUGGAGAAGCGCGGGGGGCUCCCCAGACAGCCGUGGGGACAAGUUAGAGCCAGCACUUUGCCCCGGGCCUCGCGUGUAGCUUCCCCUCCCCUGCUCUCGGUGCCCCGGUGUCUGGGGUGUCUGGAGGGGAGUGCGGGUGUGCGGGUGUGCCCUCCGUACAUGUCCCACCACCCGGGCAACUCUCUGGGCUUGUGUUCCAUCUCACUCUUGCUUCCCGCACGGUGGUCGAGGGGAGCCACUUUGCAUCAUGUCCCGGUAUAGCUACCAAACUCUUCUGGACUGGCUCUAUGGGGGCGUGGACCCCAGCUUUGCAGGCAAUGGGGGCCCCGACUGUGCUGCCUUCCUCUCUUGGCAGCAGCGGCUGCUGGAAAGUGUGGUGGUCCUGACCCUGGCCCUGUUGGAGAUCCUGGUGGCCCUGCGGCACAUCCUGAGGCAGACGAAGGAGGACGGUAGGGGUGACCAUGGCUGCCAGCCAGAGCAGGUGACCCAGCGGCCAGAGGAAGGCAAGGAGAGCCUGAGCAAGAAUCUGCUCUUAGUAGCCCUGUGCCUGACCUUCGGGGUGGAGGUGGGCUUUAAGUUCGCCACCAAGACCGUCAUCUACCUGCUCAACCCCUGUCACCUGGUCACCAUGAUGCAUAUUUUUCUCCUGGCCUGUCCUCCAUGUCCGGGAGCUACCGUGGUCUUCAAGCUACAGAUGCACAUGUUGAAUGGAGCUCUUCUGGCCUUGCUGUUUCCUGUGGUAAAUACCCGGCUGCUCCCCUUUGAAUUGGAGGUAUAUUACAUUCAGCAUGUUAUGCUCUACGUGGUGCCCAUCUACCUGCUUUGGAAAGGAGGUGCUUACACCCCAGAGCCCCUCAGCAGUUUCCGGUGGGCCCUUCUCUCAACUGGCCUCAUGUUCUUUUAUCACUUCAGCAUCUUACAGAUCUUGGGCCUGGUCACCGAAGUGAAUUUGAACAACAUGCUGUGUCCGGCCAUCUCAGACCCAUUCUACGGCCCCUGGUAUCGCAUCUGGGCCUCGGGACACCAGACUCUCAUGACCAUGACCCACGGGAAGCUGGUCAUCCUGUUCUCAUACAUGGUUGGGCCCUUGUGUAAAUAUCUGCUGGAUUUGCUCCGGCUUCCAGCCAAAAAAAUAGACUGAAGGUGCUUUUUUUUUCUCCCUGAGGAAACAAGUCCUGACUUGACUUGGAGAACACCCAGUUCUUAAUGAAAUCAUGGGAGAGGGCAGUAGGAUAUUUGGUGUAUUUCCUUUUUCCUCCUCUCUGUCCCUUUCUUCCACCACUCUUCCUUCCCCAGCUCUUCCUCCCAGGAUGUCACCUGGAACCUGAGGUAUAGUGCUGAUGGCUGGAUUUGUCCUCCUCCCCUUUGCUCUUUCUCCCUGCUCCUAGUGGCCUUAUAUGGAGAGACGGUAGUCAGUAGCUUUCACUGCUUGUUGGUGCUUUAACAACAGCUGGUUGAGGAUAAAGGGAACAACAAGCAGUAGUACUUUUGGCAUCGCAGUGAUGAGAUUGGUUGCAAUUCAUUUCUCCACUGCCAGGGACCUACAGAUUUAUGCUGGGGUCCCCUUUUGUCUCCAGCAUAGCCCCCACCAUAAGGGGACUGAGGCCUUGUUUCUAUACCAGCGGCAAGCCAAGAGCCAAGGGACUUCCCAGCUCAUGGCCAAAAUAGAACUGGCCAGAUUCUUCCCAUUGGUGCCCCAUGACUCAAAGCAAGCAGCCAACCAGCCACAUUCUCCAGGAGGCUGCCUGCAAUGGGAGGUGGGGCACUACCCAGCCCAAAGGUUUGAUUCCAUUGAGGAGGAUAGAGAGCUGUUGCAGUGGCAAAUCCAAAGUGAACAAGGUUAAAAUGUCCACAACUAAUACUAAGCAGGACCCUGGGUACAUUCUGCCAGUGGAGCUGAGAACUGACCCAUAUUCCAAUCAGAAGUGAGCAUAGAAAUUAAUCAGCAGAAGUGGUAACUUGAGAAAAUAGUGAUUUGAAUCAUAUGCUCCAGUUUAGUUUAGUAUUGAUAAUAGAUUCCUCUUUAAUAUUGAGUGCCCCUUAAAUUUUUUUUUUCUCUCUUUUCAAAGGCAGCUUCAGGGAAGGAUGAGCUAGAGUUGUUUUUUUGUAGGGGUUUUUGUGUGUGUGUUUUGUUUUUGUUUAUUUGCUUGCUCAUUUGUUUUAGGGUGUUUGAGUUUGGAGAAUCCUUGCAUCAGGGCCUAUCUCUAGAGGGGCUCUUGUCAAUAUAUUUUGUGGUCUUACAGGAUAUGUCAGCAUCCAGGUUUGGGGAAGAUACAGAUCCUGCUGGUAUUGUUUCCCUAGGUCCAGAUCUUGUCACUGUAGCCAGACUCAGUGCUGAAUUGGUUAGCUUGGGAGUCAUCACAUGCUCCCCACCCCAAAGCCCAUGUCUAGUUUGAAAGGGAGGUAUCAAGGAAUCAAGUCCCCAGGGGUGAAGAUUCACGUGCUCCAAAUGAAGACCUUUCGUUGAAAGACUUGAGCUCAGUCAUGCGUGGAUCUCAAAAAGGGAGGCAGUAGCUUGACUUUUGCUGAUUGCUUGUUAGCUCAUACUAAGAACAGAUUUGCUUAACAACAGAAAAGAACCCUGGCUGGUGUGGCUCAGUUGGUUGAGCUUUGUCCCAUGCACCAAGAGGUUUGAUUCCCAUUCAGGGCAUAUGCCCAGUUUGCAGGCUUGAUCCCCAGGAGGGGGCGUGCAGGAGGCAGCUGAUUGAUGUUUCUCUCUUUCCCACCCUUCCUCUCUCUCUCAAAAAAUAAAUUUUAAAAACAUUAAAAAAAAACACAGAGAAAAGAUGGUUUAAUGACUUCCUCUGGUGAGCCUCCCCUCCCACCUCCCCCUCUAGGCAACCCAUUUGCUCUGGGCCUGUUCCAGAAAUUCAGGUGUUCCUGUAUUAGAUGUAGAUUGAGCUUCGGUGACUCAGUGAUCAUGAUUUUCACAAAUGGACCUACAGGAGGCAGUAGAAUGUAGGAGAGUCUCUGAGUAAGGUAAGGCCCAGGGAAGCAAUCAUGGACCACCCUUUCACAGAGGCCUGCUGGCACUGAGGUGAUCAGUCUCCAGGGGUUGGGGGAACAGGAGGCAGAAAACUGGGUACUCCCAGUUCCCACGAGCUCCUCAUGACAUGCAAUCUUCAUUUUCUGCUGUCUUUGCGGGCUUGGCCAAGUUUUUCUUAGUGUCUCUCACCCUAGGGUUGCCUUCCAGAAGAGGCACCUUUUGAUUGGCUUGAUUUUCCUUGCCCACCAUCAAACUGCUAAGGCCUUAGUGCCCCUCGGCCUCUUCACAAAAGAAAAAGUUGGAAGGAGGUCAUGGGUGGAGCCCUUGAGGGCCUGUCCUGUCCCCUACCAGUACAUGGAAUCUUUGUAGGCAGAUGAUGUACCUCAGCUGACCACAGUGGCGUAAGUGACUCUGAAUGAGCUCUCUUUCUCUCUGUCUGUGUGGCAUGGCACAGGUUGCCAGUCAGCCUGAGCUUUCCUUGCAUUGGCAUGCUUCUAAAAGCUGGCCUUUGCCCUGGCUACAGCUCACUGUCCCGAUCUAGCUGGCAUUUUCUGCUGCUUGGAAGAAGAGAGUGAAAGCCAUGUGCCUGCUCUGGCCAGGCCAGAGACAGAUACACCUGUCAGGGGAAGGAGGAAGUGAAGGGGAGAUGCAGGGUUUCUGGGGGCCAGGUUGGCUCAGAAACAUGUAGGUAGAAGAAACAGAGAGUGAGCCUAGUCCAGAGGUUCCACAAGGAGCCAGGGAUUGUGUUUGAGGUGUUAGGGGGCAGCAUGCACCUGAAUUGGUCUGUACCUCACUCUUAAAGGUAACCUGACCAGAACCACAGCAGCCUGCCUAGAGGGUGGCGCCCUUCCCAGUGGGCCCAGGCUGCCUAGCUCCUCCCCAGAGCUUUCCUCUCAGUGCCAAGGAGGUUUCCCAACCACCCUAGCCAAGUUUCCAUAUGUCAUUAGCCAGUGUGUGAGAGCUUGGUGUGUGUCUGAGAGAGUGUCUAUAGAAGUGGACAGUUUCUUUUAAAACAGCCCUAAGAAGAGAAGUGAGUGUUCCCUCAAGCCCCUGGGUAGCCCUGGCCAAGAAUCUGGGCCAAUGAAAACAGUCUGGUCAGCUGCUCAACUUGUGGCAUCAGCUCAUAAUAGCAGAAAUAUGGACCGUCUGCUUGUGGUCUCAGAAUUUGGUUUUGUACACCAAAGAUGAUCUGGCCCAUCUUCUUCCCAGUGAUGCAUACCUCUGUGCGCUUGUGAGAAAAGUACAGACUCAGUUUCCCCAAGUCAAUAUUCUCUCUUUAUCCUUGAACUUCCCAGAAUUCACAGAAGCUGCUUGCAGGGUGGUUGGGAUACAUGGGGUGGUUGGCACACUUUACCAUCUAGUGCAGGGGUGGGCAAACUUUUUGACUCGAGGGCCACAAUGGGUUCUUAAACUGGACCGGAGGGCCGGAACAAAAGCAUGGAUGGAGUGUUUGUGUGAACUAAUAUAAAUUCAAAGUAAACAUCAUUACAUAAAAGGGUACGGUCUUUUUUUUCAAUAGUUUUAUUCAUUUCAAACAGGCCGGAUCUGGCCCACGGGCCGUAGUUUGCCCACGGCUGAUCUAGUACCACAAGUCUAGGUAUCAGAUCAUCUCUCUUGCCACAGCCUCAGCCAGAGCUUUGCUAUUUGUGCUCAUUGAUAAUUCAGUGUUUUGGGGAGUGGGCACAGCUCCCCACAAAUGACAAGUUGUCAGCAGGUCUCCUGGCACUGUUGGGACUGGGUGGUGCCCUGGAAGUAAUCUGGGUGGCUCAGUGGGUGAAAGAAGGCCCUUCCUCCUGCUCCCUUGGCCAAAAAGACUUCCCUGGAUUUGUAGAUGUUGAUCCAGAUUCAUCUGUUCUCUUUGGAAGACUGAAGAGGCGGUAUUGGAGGAGAAAAGAAGAGUAGAUGCAGAUGCAGUGCUGGUUUUGGUAAAUCUGGAGCAGGCAUAAGAGAGGGGGUCCCACAGGCCCUCUCGUGCUUCUUGUCAAGGCCCCGGACUGAGAAGGGGCCUUCCUGCUGCAUGCCCUGCCUGCCCUCUGGAUGGUGGGUAGAGUCCUGACAGGGAGUGAGCCUUCCUCUUCUGUAUAUAGACUGAGCCACUUUGUGCUCAGGAAAACCUAGUCAUUUGUUGUUGAUCUUGUCUGUGACAUUUUUGUACAGUGGAUUGCUACUGAGUGGCACGAAACAAAACAAAAGUCAUUUUAAGCAAAGCUCUUGUUUUGGAAACUUGCUUUCUUUUGGUGUCAGUUUUGUAUUAUAUUUUAAAGAAUUCUUCAUUUAUAUUGGUGUUAUUGUGGUACAGAGAAUAAGAUAGUCUGAUCUGUAAUUAUUUCUGCCAGAAAAUUGGCAAAUGACUCUUUCCCUCUUACUGCCCCCCUUCCCCCAUCCUUCCUCAUUCCCAAGACAGAUUGCUAUGCACUGGGCAGACCAUCCCUGUCGUCACUCCUUCUCCUCUGUGACUCCCUUUAGGACCAGUCUCUCUAAUCCCUUUAAACAGCAGCAGGGUGAGUAUUUUUUCUAAGCUGGUUCUUGGGUGCUCUGUGCCCCCACCAGUUUGCUCACCUCUUGGGGCAUUUUGUAACAUGUUUUCCCAGUUUUCUAUAACCUUUUGAUUGUACUGAAAUGGUUUCUGCAAUCACCUUUGGAAAUAAAUAGUCAUUAAUUUGUGUACUUGGCAUUCUGCAUUUUAGUCUUAGGUGUUUUUAUUGUUGAAGACCCCUGAAUGGAAAGGAACCCUCACCAUUGGACUUGCUGUUACAAUGUUUUCUUCAUUUACUGUUAUUAAAAGAUUUAUGAGAA